GCGAGCGAGGCGGGGAUGCGCGCCGGAGCUCCUGGAGCCUCGGGCCCUGUGCCGGAGCCACAUUGCGCCCCACCACUCUCGCCAGCAUGUUUCCCACCAGAGAAGACCCCCGGAGGGCGCUCCGCUUCUCUCCCCACACCUGGACGAGUCCCAGUCCCUUAGCCUGAUGGUUCAGGGCCCCAGGCUUCCUCUCCCCCAGCCCAGGCCCUGCGCCUGAGACCCGAAGGACCCUCCCAGCCGGGCUGGUGCUCCGCCAGGGAGAACCCGGGCCGCGGAGCUCUUUGCCGCGAGGUUUGCCCACACGACUGGAAGUGCGGGUGGGUGCUGAGAAACUACGGCGAUUUCUCAGUGAGCAGAGGCUCGGGCCUUCAAGAGCACCAAGCCAAGCGUUUCCCCGGGUAUCGCCUCUCGGGUCUGGGAAAACGCAGUUCGGCCUCGGGCGCAGCUUCCUGCCAAUUCUUGCCAAGUUACCGGCGGCACCCGGGGCGCGGAUCUAAGAGACGUCUGUUUUGGUGGGCACUUGCGUCUGCAGAGCCCGUGCAAGGGCCUGGGAUUAUCUGGAAUCUUCAAAGCCAGUUUAGAUUUGCAAAGGGGAAUGCAUGCAUGUACGGUCGGGGCUGGCCCGCGCGGGGCAAAAGAAACUACGCGUCUAAGCCAGCGGGGGCCAAUUAUGGCCAAGACCCCAGUUCGCUGUGCGUUCGGUCGGAAUCUGAGAAAGGGAAGGCAUUUCGAUUUAUCGCCGCUGCACCCCAGCGUUCCCCGGGAAUACAGGCAGGCUGGCGGGAUAUCCCCAGGUCCACAAUCGUUUGCCGGGCCUCCCCGGCUGGCCUAGGGCUUUGACAGCUGGUUACUAAUUAUCCAAGGAGCCGAGCGGUUCCCUUAGACUGCACGUCGCUCCGGGCCACUCCGCGCUUUAGGAGCCCCUCGCGUGGCCUCCGACGCUACAGCGUCGCGGUUUCAGGUCUGGGCCAGACCCGAGUCGCGCCCGGGACGCGGGCGUUUUCGUGUGCACGCCCGCAGCGGCAAUAUGGAGUGGGAUAUGACCUUGCAUUUGAAUUUGCGCUGCGAGGGCCCGGCGGCUUGCUCUGGACAGUCAGAUGUUUAGGGGUUUUGUUGCUUUGCUUGUUUGUUCAAAAGUAUUUUGCUACUGUUCAGAGUUUUGAGGUUUUUCCCGCGCGAUUCCCCAGCGUGGCGGCGAUUUUCCCCGGCGGGAGUUGGGGCGCAGGAAGGCGUGCGUCCCCGAGACCGAGAGAGGUCGAAAGAGGAGCCCCUCGCAGGGCUGGGGCCCGAGCAUGGCCUCCUUGGAGCCUGACCGAGACCAGGCCGACAAACCCGGCUCCAGCCGCCUUCCACCAGGAGCCAGCCAGGCCUAGGCCCUACCGCCUAGCCGCAGCCCCCGCUUUCUGGCUGGAAGCUCAGAGGACCUGGGAAGCCCGAGGGGACCUAGAGGGCCCCUCUGCACACAACCCCGCGCCGGGCUGGACGUAGCAGAGAAGUAACAUAAACUAAAGCACGUGGAGUUGGGGUGUUAUUAAUUUAUUUCUAUAAAUCAUCAACAGAAAGAUACACAAAGAGCCGUGAUUAGGCUGAAAAGAGAGGCGGGUUAUUCAUUGGUGAAGUUGUAAAUGCGGCUUAGAGGGGAAGGAAAUCAAAACCCGGACGCGGGGUUGCUCGCCGCUCCCAUUGCACACGCACGGAGCUAUUCGGCGAGCCCAGCCAGGUCCCGGCACCGCACCGAGUUCCCGCCGCCCCGGCGCGCCUGACCCGGGUUGUCCCAGCGCGCCAGCCGCCCGUGGGGCCCGAGGGCCGCCCCGCCGAGGGAGAGCCGCGCUCGGCGCGGGGGGCCGGGGACCUCAGCCCGCUUCUCUUCCCGAAGUCCCCGGCUGCCGCAGGGAGUCAGAGGGGCCCGGGACCCGCCCUGGGUUGGGGGCGCCGGAGAGACCCGAGGCUUUUCUCCCUUUCCCAGGCGGGUGCUCCUUCCCUCCCCUAACCCCAGGAGUAGUCGGACUUGAUUAAAGUAAUUUUUCAAGAAAUCGUUAGCGGUUCCCAGGUCAAUACACAGUCGGCUCCUGAGCGCCAGGCAAAUGCAGUCCCCCCCCCCCCUUUUUUUUUUGCUCAUCCUGUUCCCCUAAGGUAGGAAGAAAAGAAAAAGAAAAGGCCACUUUCCGGAGCGCUUUUUAAACUUCCUAGAAGAGAAAGGAGAGAAGGGAAAGCAAGGGACUUCCGAGCGGAGCCCGCCUCUAGGUCUUGGGCGCCGGUGGCGUUUGGAAAGGUGGCUGCUUCCAAAGAAGCCGGAGUUGAGGCUUCUUAACCAACACGCCAAGAACUGUGAUGGGGUCGAGGGCUUUUCUGCUCGUGGACAGGCAAGUAAGUCAUUAUUUGGAAAGGAGCGUGCUGGGCGGACAAUGCGGACGCCGAGGUCCGCCGUUUGACACCUGCGCUCUGAACACAAUGGCCCUGCGCGCUUCUUGGGAUCGGUGCUUUAUCGCGUUUGGGAACCCCUGAAAAGGAACUGCAUUUUCAAAUUUUAAAACGUAACCAGUCCUCCUGGUUCUUCCCGGUGAAUAUACAAGAAUUCUGGGGUCGGAUAGCUAUAAAGUGAGGACCCUUGGAGAGCUGCCAAAAUGAUCAAGGGCUACAUGCAGCAACACAACAUCCCCCAGAGGGAGGUGGUUGAUGUUACAGGCCUGAACCAGUCACACCUCUCCCAGCAUCUCAACAAGGGCACCCCUAUGAAGACCCAGAAGCGUGCAGCCUUGUACACCUGGUAUGUCAGAAAGCAGCGAGAGAUCCUCCGACAAUUCAACCAGACAGUCCAGAGUUCUGGAAAUGUGACAGACAAAAGCAGUCAGGAUCAGCUGCUGUUUCUCUUUCCAGAGUUCAGUCAACAGAGCCAGGGGCCUGGGCAGUCCGAUGAUACCUGCUCUGAGCCCACCAACAAGAAGAUGCGCCGCAACCGGUUCAAAUGGGGGCCCGCGUCCCAGCAAAUCUUGUACCAGGCCUACGACCGACAAAAGAACCCCAGCAAGGAGGAGAGGGAGGCCUUAGUGGAGGAGUGCAACAGGGCAGAAUGCUUGCAGCGAGGCGUCUCCCCAUCCAAAGCUCACGGCUUGGGCUCCAACCUGGUCACGGAGGUCCGUGUCUACAACUGGUUUGCAAACCGGAGGAAGGAGGAGGCUUUCCGGCAGAAGCUGGCCAUGGAUGCCUAUAGCUCCAACCAGACGCACAGCCUGAACCCUCUGCUCUCCCACGGCUCCCCCCACCACCAGCCCAGCACCUCUCCUCCAAACAAGCUGGCAGGAGUGCGCUACAGCCAGCAGGGAAACAAUGAGGUCACUUCCUCCUCAACAAUCAGUCACCAUGGCAACAGCGCUAUGGUGACCAGCCAGUCAGUUUUACAGCAAGUCUCCCCAGCCAGCCUGGACCCGGGCCACAAUCUCCUCUCACCUGAUGGUAAAAUGCAGAUAUCAGUCUCAGGAGGAGGUUUGCCCCCUGUCAGUACCUUGACGAAUAUCCACAGCCUGUCCCACCACAAUCCCCAGCAAUCUCAAAACCUCAUCAUGACCCCCCUCUCUGGAGUCAUGGCCAUUGCACAAAGUCUCAACACCUCCCAAGCACAGAGCGUCCCUGUCAUCAACAGUGUGGCUGGCAGCCUGGCAGCCCUGCAGCCCGUCCAGUUCUCCCAGCAGCUACACAGCCCUCACCAGCAGCCCCUCAUGCAGCAGAGCCCAGGCAGCCACAUGGCCCAGCAGCCCUUCAUGGCUGCGGUGACUCAGCUGCAGAACUCACACAGUAAGGACACGUGCAUAUCGGGAGUUGGGGAAUGGAGCGCGAGGGCCCGCCGCAUCCACCUGACUUCUUCCGCUCUGGGUCUGAACUGCCUUUGGUCGCUUUUCCCUAACUAUUACCAGCUAGGACAGUUUCUCAAGCCUAACUCAUGUGUGUGGCUAUGCCUUUUCAAGUCUCCUCCUCUACCCCCAAGAUUCCCAAAGGGGAAGACAGCUUUGGCUUCCAUGAUAGAGAGCAGAAUAGGUUAUAUGGAAACACAUUUCUAAUUCAGGCACCGAUGAAGGGUAUGAGCAAUCAGCCACAGCACCUUUUCCCAGUGAGCCUCAACUCAGCCUAAGAAUCCUUUUCAAUCCAACAUUCCAAGCAGAGCUGGCAUGUAAUUUGAAACCUGUUUGCUUUCCCUGAAAUAGAAAAAUCUUCCAGAGUCCCUGUGCUCUCUAAUCAACACAGCCCAAACAUCUCUCAAGAACCCAUGAGCACAGUUUGAAAACACCACCCACACAUCAUCCUGGGCAAGAAAGAUUAGAAUUUCUGCCUCUAGUCCCAGAGACUGUUUCCCACGUCCAAUUUCUAUCCCUUACAUCUAUCUUUCAACCCUUUUAUUUCCCACCCCUGCCCAAUCCCUGUAUCUCUGCUCCCUGUCCUGAGCCCCAGGCCCCCCUGUCCUCCAGUCAGGUCUAGCUCAAGCUCCUGGGCUCCAAGUUUGGGGAAGCAUCAUGGAAAGGAUGGCUUCCCUGCUUUAGGCACAGCCUCAGAGAAACUCCUGAGAAGUCUGUGAAAUAAAGUGCUAGUCUUGAAGUCAGACAGAUCUGGGUUUAUAUCCAGGCUAUAUAACCAUUGGGAGAUUACUUAGCCACUCAGAGCCUCAAUUUCUUCAUCCAUAAAAUGGAAAUAAUAUACAUACAGGGCCAUAGGAAGAUGAAAUAAAAACAGGUGUGAACUGCUGUUUUAUGCACAUGAAGAGUUAUGGAAAUGCAAAUGAUUACUAAGGAACUUGUAGGGCAGGGAUGGAGGAGGGGUUUGAGUUUCUCCCUGGCUGCCCUGGGCAGAGAGAGCUGUGGCUCUGAGGGAGAACAGCCAGAUUCAGCCGUCUUCUGUCCUUGGGGUUAGAUCCCUACCCGAGCCUGCAGAGCUGGUUUCUGAGCACCAUCUCACAUUCUGAUCACAUUUUCGUGGCUUUUAAAAAUCUGCCACAGCCUGUAGCAGAGUUUGGCACCACGUGUACCCCACUUCCUCCCGGAUCCUAGCUCACGCACUCCACUUGCCCCCAUCCCCUCUCCUGGGCAGGCUUCCUUUCUGGUCAGGCCUGGGUGGGGCACUCAGAAAGUGGUCAUCAGUGGCCUGUGGACUGCUGAGGCCCAGCAGGCCUGGCUGGCCGGGAGGACAUAGACUCUGGGGUCCUGGGCUAGGAAAUAACCAGCCUCCCUGCACAGGCAGGGCAAGGCAAGGUGGCAGGCAGUGACCUUCACCCCCGUUCCUUACUUGGGGGACUCCUUGGUAGGCUCUGAGUUCUAGGAACGGCCAAGCAUCUGCAUGCUUUCAUUAGGUGGUCAUGUGACUCAGACUUUACAUGAAUUAUAUGAAUAACUACUGUGAGUCAAAAGGUUUCAGACUUGCUGGACAAGUACCAGAAAAACUAAAAAAUAAGUCUCAUGCCUCUGAAGGUUUUCUUGAGCAUCUAGUCUCCUUUUGUCUAUCAUCUUUCACAUUUCUGUGAUGUCAUAAGACUAUGAUGUCAUUUUAGUGCAAACUGGAACACCCCAGAAAUUAUACAGUUAAUUACAUCCAUGUCUCAUUACAAUUACUAAUCAAUCU